AUGUUAAUUCCAAUCAGAGAGGUCACUAAAAGAGCUCCUGGUGACGGUGCUGGCAAAUUUGUUCAAUGUGCAGGCACCUAUCCCAUCACGUUUACUGAAGUAAGCUACACUCCAGCAAUAUGGGAACCUGGUAAAACUGUCACUGAGCAUGUUGUAGGAGAUAGCACUGUUCCGAUUGAAGAUGGAGCCAUAGCAACUUGGAGUAUCUACUUGAAGGAUAAAUUUUUAUUGUCAUUUUCAGCUGACUAUUGUACAUUCGCCUCCGCACUAAAGGAGACGGAAUGUCCAGUUGCAGCAGGUCACUUUGACAAAACACAUGAAUGGAAAGUGCAAGAAAGCCCACUUCAACCCAAGGGGGUGACUAUUGAUUAUUUUGUAAAUUCGACUCUUGUCGCUAAGGAUCAAACUGUUUUAGCAUGUUUAGAAGGCACAGUCACAAUAAAAUACCCUUAA